AUGGAAGCUGGGACCGGUUGUCCCUGCAACCUGCCAUCCGGUAGCUUCGAUGCGAACGUUUCUAAGAAUAUCACACCCUUUUUGUACAUUUUAAGCUGCUUUGCCGAUGGCCUCUUCCACACAUUUGUUAUAAACGUCUUUGUGGAAGUGUCCUCCCUGUUCACAUAUGCCACCGCUGCUGUCGUGUGCUUGCACUGGCCGCAUGUGCCACCUCUACAGGCUGUGCUGGUGUCAGAACCACAGGUGUUGGGGUCUGCUGCUUUCCAGCAAUAUAUGGCUGCGUUUUUGAAGCUCGCUGACCAGGACACCUCAGCCGUGGAACCGAAGGUGCACGCCAUAAACGUGCUGAUUGCGUGGUUUCGGAAGGCGCGGCUGGGAGACGUGGUUAUGCUUUACGUCGCGGACGGAGUCAGGGUGGCUUUCUUGGGCUUCGAGGCCAACGUCUCGGCCGUGAGGAAUGCGGCGACGCUGCUCUUCAGCACGCUGAUAACUGUGAUAUUUGGUGUUAAGCGCAGCAGGGACGAGCCCCAGCGCCGUUGCGGCACGUGCCUCACGGCGCACGUCUUCUUCUUCCGCUUCCUGUCGCUCUUCCACUUUUUGCUGGACCAGCUGAACCGAGCGGGCAACCAUUUGCACCACCGGUGA